AUGCAUUUCACCACGUUCGUCGCCUCGGUCGCUGCCCUCGCCAUGAGCGCAUCUGCUGCUCCAGCUUCAGGCCCCUACGACCCCUUUGCCCAAGUCCGUCUUUACCCUCAGUCCGGCUGCGAGCAGCCCAACGUUGGCUACCUGAGCAUCCGACGAUCCGCCAUCAACAAGUGUGGUCAGCUUGAUGGCACCUACACCAUCAAGUCCUUGAAGAUUGAGCAGCUCACCGACAAUGCUGAAGGAUGCACACUCUACACCUUCAGCGAUGUUUCCUGCAAGGAGGGCCGCCAGGAGGUUUCUACUGGAACCUGCCACACCGGUGCUAAGCAGUAUGGCAGCUACCUACUCUCUUGCAAGUAG